AAUUUUUAAUCAAGAGUGGAAUUGUUGUUGAUUUUAGGCAUCAUCAAUCAAAGCAAUUAUGAUGAUGAUGAUGAUGGUGAUUAUCAUCAUCUAUCAACCUGUAGGAAAUAAUUAUGAUUUCCAUUCCAAAAGAUUUUAAAAAGUAAAUGGCUGUUAAUUAUAAAAGUGAAGAUUUUGGAGAACCUUUUGACUCUGCAAACUUUGUUGAGAGAAUUUCUGCCAAUGUACUUGGGGGUGGUACAAAAGGUGGUCAAGAAGGCUUUGAUCCUUUAAAACUUCGUGAUCAUUUUCUUGAAACUAUAAAAAAUCUCCAAACUCAGAGUGAGUUAACAACUGCUCAAAUUUCAAAACUAGAAAGGAUUUGUUCAGAACAUGAGCAGAAGCAUAAAGAAAAAGCUUCAGAUGUAGAGAAGCAAUACAAGAAUGCAAUGUCUACAUUUCAUGAUCUUGAUGAUCGCAUUAACUCUGUAGCUACAAAAGUAGUACACCUUGGAGAUCAGUUAGAAAAUAUUAGCAUUCCUCGACAGCGUGCUCAAGAGACUCAACAUGCUAUGAAAUAUUUUGAUGAAUUUCAUUCAGGAAAAGAACUCUCUCCUUUAUUCAAUGACAAAGCAAAACUACAUGAGGCUGCUGCUGUUAUUCAUCAGUUACUCAUGGUGGCAGAUGAACUUCCCAAAGAAAAAUUUGAACGAGUUCAAAGAAAAAUUCAAGAAAAGUAUUCUACUAUUGAAUGUGAUCUCAUGAGAGAAUUUGUUAAUGCAUAUAAAAUUAAAGAUAUUGACAAGAUGACACGAAGUGCUAAAACAUUACUUCCCUUUAAGAAUUAUCACUUAUGUUACGAAGAACUUGUUAAAAUGGCCGUAGAGGAAUUAUUUACAUCCGAAGAUAUUUUUGAAGAUAUACUUCUGGCCUGCAAUAAAGUUCAAGAUAUAUCUACUAAAGUUUUUGAACAUAAUGCAGAACAUGUCAUCUCCAAGUUUGUCCAAUACGUCUUUGAAAAGAAGUUAGCUGGUUAUAUUUACAAGCAAUUGCCUAAUAAAAUGGAAGAAGAAACAUAUUUAAAAAAAUUAUCAUAUCUUUAUGGCAGAACAAAGGAAAUCAACAAAAAAUUAUGCAAACUAAGACUUGGAUCAGACUCCACAUUUCUUGAAAGAAUUACCAAGCCCUUGUUUUCUAAUUACCUAAAGCGCUACAUUGAGGACGAGUUACAGUAUUUAGAGGAGGAAUCGAUUUCAACCCUUAAUCGUUUUUACAACAGUAUUGGUCAUGUCAAAAAAGAGAUUAGACAAAAUUUUAUUGCUGAAAUACCUGAUAGCUUAAAGGAAUUGCACAAAAAAAUUCCUGGUCGUGACAAAAGCAUGCUUAAAGAAAAUCUUUUAUCUCAAGAUGUUGCACUAACAUUACUUCAGGAGAAUAAACUUUCUAUACGACGCGCUGAAAUGUUAUCUCCAUUAUCGGAAUUACCAAACAAUGUUUUUCGUAUUUUUAAAUUGUUUUUAAAAUAUCUUGGAGAAGAGCACUUUGAGUAUGCUGUUGAUGUUCAUUUGCAAUAUUUACCACCAAUUGAACCAAAAACACCACCAGACAUUAGGUUUCUCACUGUGUUGUAUCAAUCAAAUACUAUUUUUCAUUUAAUUGAGAAACAUUUCACAGAUUUUAUAGUAAGAACUGUAGGGUCAUCAACUAUAUAUGGUGAGUGUGCACUAAAAAAAAAACAGCUUGUUGACAACCUUGAGUCUAAAUUAAACAGUGGAAUGGAACGAGUUUUGUCAAGUAUGGUUAAUUACAUGAAGUUUUUGUUAAAUUCGGAGCAGAAAAAGUCUGACUUUCGACCAGAUGGAGAAGAUGGUGCAAUGACCCAAACUUCUGCAUGCAUAUCAUGCUGCCGCUAUAUAAAAACAUUGGUACCAAGUCUUUAUGAUGCAUUGGAUGGAAAAAAUCUAGAAGUUGUUUUAAUUGAAUUAGGAACACGCUUUCAUAAAGUACUUAUGGAACAUUUCUUUCAGUUCACUUACACAGAUAUAGGUGCCAUGGUUGCACUAUGUGACGUGAAUGAAUAUAGACAUGCUAUUAAGUUAUUUAAGAUACCAUUGCUGGAUCAUUUGUUUAAUGUUUUAUCUGCUUUGGUAAAUCUGCUAGUUGUACAGCCAGAUAAUCUAAAAGAUGUUGGAUCUGAAGAACAAUUGGUUGAUAUUGAUAAGAAUGUUCUGCAACAAUUUAUUCAAUUGCGUGCUGAUUUUAAAAGUUUAAAGAUUGGAAAAGUAUUUUCGUAGAGAAUUUUCUGUAUUAAUUUAAAUUUGUAAAUAUAUAUAUCAAUUUUUUUUUA